GCAACAUGGUCUGUGUUUAGGGAAAUGGAAUCGCCUUAGCAUACUGUGAGAAGCUAGCAAGCAGCUAAACACCUUAACAUCCUGCUUACAGAAAGUAUCGUCUCCGUGCACGGAUGAUGAAUUUUGAGAACCUGAACUGAUAAAUAUACAUAUAUCUAUCUCCAGAAACAGCUGACAAAACAAAUCCGUAAUUGUAGAUAGUUUAUUCGAUUUACGUAGCCGUUAGCUUGAUUGGCACUUCGGAAAACACUUUUAAUCAAAGCAUUAUAAAUUCUGCCGAGACAAGCACGGUAACAAACAAUCUAACCCCGUCCAGUUAACGACCAUGUCUGAGCUUGUCAUUUUGGUACUUAUUAUCUUUCUAAUACUCUGUCUGUUGGUCACAAUAGUGGGGUAUGUGCUGUACUCCGGACUGCUUUCCGAUAUUAACAUCAAAACAGGUUCUCCUCCAGUCAAGAAUAUAACCUUUGCCUACAGAUUCAAACAGGGACCUUACAAAGAGUGCGGAACAGUCUUCACUGAAAGUUGUAGUAUUGGGCCUAAGCUAUCCAGCAUUGGGGUGUUCUAUGAUGAUCCAAACCAGGUGACUCCUGAGAAGUGCCGCUAUGCGGUAGGCAGCAUUCUGAGCGAGGGGGAGGAGGAGCCCAACGAGGACAUGCUGCAGCUCUACCAGAAGUUCGGUUUCCAGGUGUUCUCCUUCCCUGCUGUCACGCACGCCGUCACAGUCUCCUUCCCUCACAGGACAACCCUCUCCAUCUUCCUGGGCGUGCAGCGGGUCUACCCCUUACUGAAAUCAUACAUCAAGGACAGGAAGCUGUGUGCGCACCCCUACCUGGAGAUCUAUAAGGGCGAUCUGAUCUACUACAUGAGUCCAUUGGCACGUCAGAGUGACUUUUACGUGCCUGAAGUGCAGGCAGCUGAGAGGAAGCAUCAGGAUGCUGAAGAAUCUGAGGAUGACAGGGGGACAGACAUCACAGGUGUGGACUCCAACAGUGAGGUCAGCUCUGUGAGUCACAUGAUCAUGUCAGACAGUAGGGAGACCUCGCUGGCGCCGUCCACUGUGCCGUCCAUGCCUCCAGGGGAGCAGGAGGAUGAAGACAAUUAUGGUGACCAGAGCUCUGGCGAGUCUCUGGACAGCAGCUCAUCGUUCGAGGAGCUGAACUUAGACCUGCAAGAGGGGAAAGACCUUUCCAUAGACCCUGAGGUCAAAGUCCCCGGUGGUAAGGUCCCCACAAACCCAGCAGUAGCAGAAGAGGAAGAAUAGGACGAAGUGAGAAGGAGCAUAAGAAUCUGUCAGUGGAGAGUGUCUUUUGGAAAUCUUUGCAUAUAUGGUUUGAAUUCUUUAUUUCAUGCAAAGCUGUUAAUGAAUCCCAGCCUGUGCUCUUACAGUGACAUGAAAUGCACAAUGGCUACCUCUGUGUGCCAAUACCAAGCACUUAUAGUCCACUAAUGAUACCCUGCAGGUCUGGAGGACAAGAAUUUCUCAAUUCUUCUCUUUAUCACCUAUAGUUGUCCCUCUUUUGUGUAAAACUUCCUCUCUCAAAUGGAUGCUGACAGUUGGGUUAAAUGAACAAAAGACAUUCAGUAAACUAAGAGAAUGUUUUAAAUGUCAAUGAUUUGAAGUAGUUUCAACCUGUAAUGUUAACUAUUUUUUUUCCUUGUCAGUCAAAAAAGCAUUUGCUGAAGAUGCAAUUAGUUCUUUCAAGGUUGCAGUUAAAAUUAAGAAGUAUUUGAAAGUGUUAAUCUAAAUGAUUUUCUAAUUUAUUUUUGUUUAAUGCUGAUUAUACAUUAAAUGUUAAUGUUUUAAAAUACAUGUUAACAGCAUGGUGUCAGUUGUCUCUCUGUAUGUGUGUGUGUAUAUAUAAUAUAUAUAUAUAUAUAUAUAUAUAUAUAUAUAUAUAUAUAUAUAUAUAUAUGUAUAUAUACAUAUAUAUAUAUAUAUAUGCUCGCAUACACACAUACAUAUAAUAUACUAUAUGUAUAUAUUCCCAUAUAUGUUGUAAUGUGGGAAAAGGCCUGUUGUCUAUAUCUAUACAUUAUCCAGGGUUAUUUUCCACAAGUCUUUUAUUUCCAGUAUCGUCAGUUAGUUUUGGAUGAAUACUGGUUCAAUAAAAUAGGGUCCAAUUUUAUAUUCUUAAAUUUUGUCUUAAUUAAAAACUGAUUGACUAAUCAAUUGUUUACUUUGUGUACUUUACCAGGCUGCUUUUGCAUGCACCUUUUCUUGACAAAUCAAAUUUAACAGAGCCUUCAUUUAUGAUUAGUCAUAGCAUAGUUUGUAAAAAAAAUAAAAAGAAAGAAAUGCUCCCCAUUGUCCGCAAUAUGCUGUAGUAUUUCUUGUGUUCAUUUCUGGUCUGUUACUUGUAUUUUGUGUUUCCCCUUUGUAAUAUUGUGGUCCUAAUCAUUAACCCCUUGUCAUGCCCUUUUCUAUACUGCAGUUAAUAGUGAUCUGUACUGUACAUUAUUAAGAUAUAUUUCAGUGUUUUGACUUUGGACUGUUCAGAGCUGGUUUUUGACUUGUGGUCUGUAAUAAAAUCUAUUUCGGUUGCAAAUGCAAAGAAUUUCAUUUUUGUUGUUUGAUUUUUGGUCAAAUAAAAAAAGGGAAUGCAAAUUGAGCUGUUAACUGCUUUAAAUAAUGGAUUGUGUAACAUUCAAAUUAUGUAGAUGACAUUUUAAAAAAUACUUCCCCAUUUGUUUUUAGAAAACAUGGCAUACAUAAUACAUCAACCAAUCACCAUACAAAUAUUUUUAUUACAGAAUUGUCAUACAGUGCAAUGAUCUUAAUAUGAAAACGAUUGUACAUGUUUAUUUAUUUAGCAGAAACCUUUGUCCAAAGCAUCAUAAGUCUGGGAUCAGAGAGGAUCAGAGAGUUUAAAUUUGUCUUUGGAAAUGAUAAGCAGAAAAUAUAUAGAAAUGGGAUAUAAAAGGGAAUUGAUUGCUUCCUUAGCUUAAUGAUUUAUGUGCCUAUAAUCAAAUAAAAGUCCUGAAAUCCUUGUUUUGUGGUUAAA